UGUUCACCUGUAGUGCCUUCCCCUACACAUUGUUUCAAACUGUGAAUAUUGUUGCAUUGCGGUUCCGUGAAAAAAACAAAAAAGAUCUGAUCAGACGUCAUUCGGCCAAUCGCCUCUCUACAGGGGUUUUCCAUCAUGGCGUCUAUGCAGAAGCGAUUACAAAAGGAGUUGAUGGCAUUGCAAAGUGAUCCACCUCCUGGAAUGACACUAAAUGAGAGAAGUGUCCAGAACACAAUCACUGAGUGGUUAAUAGAUAUGGAAGGUGCUCCAGGUACUCUUUAUGAAGGGGAGAAGUUUCAACUCCUGUUCAAAUUCAGUGGUCGAUAUCCUUUUGAUUCACCUCAGGUAAUGUUCACUGGAGAGAAUAUACCCAUCCAUCCGCACGUCUAUAGCAACGGUCACAUCUGUUUAUCUAUUUUAACGGAAGACUGGUCACCAGCUCUCUCUGUGCAGUCUGUUUGUUUAAGCAUUAUCAGCAUGCUGUCAAGCUGCAAAGAAAAGAGACGUCCUCCAGAUAACUCAUUUUAUGUAAAGACAUGUAAUAAGAAUCCAAAGAAAACUAAGUGGUGGUAUCAUGAUGAUACAUGCUAGUAUAAACACCAUUUUGAUACAUAAACAGACUUUUACAAGUGCAUCAAGUACUUUAUGAUACAGUCUUUGAGUUAAGACUGAACCAGCAGACCCUGGGAUGGUGAUUUAUGUAUGGGUUAGGCGUACACUUCUGCUGACUGCAAGAAGUGCAUAAAACUGCAGGAAUGUAACCCACCCGGCAAGUAUAUUUUGAUGGAAGCAAGAUGUGGGCAUUUUUCUUUUUUAAAUCGGUUAUUUCAUUUACGGUGUAUUGUUUUCUUUCAUAAACUUCUAAGGGUUUUCACCGUUUGUGCAAUAAUAUCUUCAAUGUGGGUUUGGAAUUAAAGGGAUCAUGACAUGAGAAAUCAAAUUUGCUUUGAUCUUUUGACAUAUGAGGUCUUUCUACCAUUAAAACAUCCUGCAAGUUUCAUAUCUUAAAACGUACUCCUCAUUAUAAACAAAGCAUUGACACAAUCAAGCUCCAAAAUUGGCUUGUUCUGAUAUUGGGUGACGUGUGAUGUCACAGGCAAAACAUUUGCAUAUGACUGCCUCCAGAACAAGACAUCAACUAAUAGUUAUACGUCAUUGCACCAUAGGCCCCGCCCACUGGCAUUCAUUGGCUUAAUGGCUGACAUUUGCUUACACUGACUGGAUGCAGCGUUGUUGCAUCAAAAGCAAAUAGAUCCCAUUUUAAUGACUGAUGCUGUCUAUACUGGAUACAGUAUACAGAUGUGCGUUCAGUUUCUGACAUACUCCACGUGCUUGACAGGACAAAUGGAAGAUCUCUGUAUAGACUUCACAAGGAUCCCAGCGUCGGAAACAAGUGAAUGGUUUAUUUUAAUAACGUCCUGGAUCAUGUCUGAGGAUUAUGUUUGUUCAGAGCAUUUUGUUUUGUCAGCAAAGCACGGUGUAAUGGAGAGUUUGCAAAGAAACUUGUUGAAAGAUGAAGCAGCCAACUUUAUUAGAUCUGAAAGUAGCUGCAUCACAAAACGCAAGUAAAUUAUUUCACAAUGCUUUGUCUUUAAGUGUCGAUUUUAUAUGAAUGUUUUCAACACUUACUCGCAUGCAAUAGCCAAUGGGCAUUGAUACUGUUUCUUAUGCAAUGACGUAAGCCAAUCAUAAUAGUGGCUGUUUACUGACACGCCCUAAAAAUGGAGCUGCCUCUUAAAAACGGAGGGUCAGAUUGAAAGUUGAAAAUAAUAAUUUUUCCAUAUAUUGUGCAGAAACACUUUAUUAACAUUAUAAGUGAACCUCAAGAAACAUAUUAAAUAAAAAUAAAAAUAAAAAAUCUAUGUCAUGACCCCUUUAAAAGAAAACUAUUGUAAUGUAAUGGAUCAAUAAUCAAAAGCAGAGACAGAUGUUUAUCUUUUCCUUGCUUGGUUAUGCACUGUGAAAUUCAAACAGGGCACAUUUGUUCAUGAAUAUUUUAUCUAUAUACUUAAAAAACAUAGUUUCUUUUAAAACAAAACUAUAGGUGUCCUGCACCUUUGGUCCUUUUCCCUAAUAAGCCAUUUAGGUUGAAUUUUGUAGCUGAGUUUGCUGUAUAGUACUAUUCUGAUAAAUGUCAUAUUUACAGAUAUGUACAGAUUAGAUGCAGGGUGUUGAUUAUAUUAUAUGAUCUUAAGGGUAAUUUGGAAUUACACAAAGAAAUGCUUUAUGGGUUAAGGUUUAAGCACUGGCUUUAUAGAUAGACCCACAUUUUGUGUAGUUAAAAUGAGAGAUAACUUUUUAGGCAUAAUCACUUUAUCUUUUAUGUAAAGCUCUAGUUAUAUUAAAAUGGUCUGUUUGAUUUAUUGGUUGUAUCCUGCUGUGCUGGGUAAGAUUCUUUUAAAUAGUUAGCUUUAGAAAACGUAAAGUUUGUCUUCAUUGUUUUGUUAAAACUUUAUUUAACUUUAUUUAAAACAAAUGUUCUUAUUAAAGUAAUAUAUUUUGAAAUCCUGUCAUGUAUUUUAAUUAGACUACUUUAUAAAUGUA